UCAAAUUAAUCUACAAAUUUUCGAUGAAGGAAAUGAUCUUCAAUGUAUGAUCAAGGCUUCCUGGUCACAUCUCUUGCGGAAAAUAAGCUACUGCUUUCGCUUUGUACACCGUCCUCGCUAUAAGGAACACCUGUCAUUGUUUUUAUCAUCAUGGGAAUUUCAAUAUGCAGGCUCUAGGAUAACCAAACACGUUCAGAUGGAGUUCUUCCAAGUGGAGUACAAGCAGCUAAGCACUGGACGACCACUUUCUCAAAAAUCCAAACUGAUUCGCUAUACUCCAUUUAUUGACGACCAAGGAUUAAUGCGCGUAGGAGGACGCAUUGACAAUUCAAUGGCAACUUACGAUGCAAAACAUCCCAUACUUCAUCCAAAGGAAUCACCAGUCGCUGUUUUACUAGCUAGACACCAGCACGUCACAUCGCUAUACGCUGGAGUUGUAUUUAUGUUCCACACUUUGAGACAGAAGUAUUGGAUUCUCGGUGCCCGCAACAUAGUCCGGAAAAUCGUAUUCAACUGCAAGAUUUUUUUCCUCCAUCGCAAAAAUACGAGCACACAACUCAUGUCUGAUCUUCCCGCUUUUCGGGUUCAACCCACCCGCUGUUUUCUACAUUCUGGAUUGGAUUACGCUGGACCAGUUACUAUCAAGACAUCGGUCAACCUCAUAUGUCGGUGCCAGUGCCGUCGUUCUUGGACGUGAACAUCCACAGACUGCAGCGUUGGAGACAACUGCAAGCCAAGGUUCAAUGGUUCUGGAAACGUUGGAAUCUUGAAUACCUUUCUUCCUUGCAGUCGCGCACCAAAUGGCAACGGAGACCAAAAACAUAACAGUGGACCCUGGCGGGUAGGCAUAAAACGCUAGGGGGUGGUUCCCCCGAUAAACAUCAACUACGUAUGGACCUUCGGGCCUAGUAUGGAGUGGACAGACGGUCGAA